CCCCGUCGACGAAAGGUCUGUGCCGCUCCUCGCUUGUGCCGCCUCUUGAGUUGAGCUUCGACGCCAGCUCGGUUUUACCCCUCCCGAGAUUCAAUAUUUUUUUCGGUUCAGAAAAGUGAUCACGUUGUUUUAGGUGGACAUUUUACAGUGUAUCAGUGAGUGAAAUAUAUAUAUGAGUGUUGGAAAAUAACGCUUGCUCGAGCGAGUCUGUCAUAAAAAUAAAUUUAAGGGAUGUUGUUUGGGUAGUGUUGGAUACGUUUUUCAAACCUUGUGCUUUUAGGGGGGAAGUGCGUCUUGUCUUCGUGUGGAUAUGGUCUGUAGCCGGUCUUCAUAAUGGAUACGCCGACCCAUAUUUUCUCGUGUGUGGAGUAAGAUGGAGAACCCGGCCUUUCUGGACAGCGACCAGUCCGUCUACGAGAGCGUGAGAGGCCGCAGCAGCAGCAGCCCUCUCGCCAUGUCCCAAAGGCGCCUGCACCAUCUUCCUUCCAUCCACAGUGCCCACGGCCAUGCCCCGAGGGGAGGCGGGGGCGGUGGAGGAGGGGGAGGGGGUGGAGGAUCACAGCACGUCACCCACGUCCAUAACGGCCGCGUUCUGGGCGUCACGGGAGUUCCAGGGGGCAUGGUGGUUCCCGGGGGCAUGGUCCCCGCGGGGAUGGUCCCGGGGACGAUAGUGCAGGUCUCCAGCGUGCCCGGGGCAUCGCCCGGUGGCAUCCAUUCGACGACGACGACGACGACCAGCCUGUACCCAGACCCCUCCAUGCCCCCCGCCCUGUAUUCCGGCCAUCUCAACAGUCCCCCUUCCUCGCACGAGUACCUGUACUCCUGCGAGGCCCCGAGAGGCCACGACCACGUCUACCAGUGCCCCGGGCACCGGGGCGACCAGCUGGACCACAGAGACCACCACCUCGAGCAUCGGCACCAACGGCAUAUCGACCUCCGGGAGCAGCAGCAGCAGCAACAGCAGCUGCACCAACAGCAGCAGCGCCCACAGCUGGAGAGCAGAAGUCACCCCCCGGAGAUGGACCCCAGGGAACACCACUACGACCCCACCCUGGACCAGCGGCCCGACUACCACUACGGCGGCAGCGACUACUCCAGCACGGAGCCCAUCUACGCCCAGCCGCACCUGUACCCGCGGGAGGGCAGCGCCGGGACGCCCACGCUGGGCUACAACAACGCCAGGGCGUCGCUGCGCGCCGGCGCCACCAUGCCGGCGCCCAAGUACCUCGUCCGGUCCGACUCCUGCGGCAACUCCACUUCCUCCUCCACCCUGCCGACUGUUUCCGCCCUGCUGUCACGAGAGGCCGCCCAUACUCCACCCACGCCCGCCCAUAACGCCACCCACUCGAUGAGGUCUUCGGGUCGCCAUCACCACCACCACGGCAAAGGGGCAGGAGUCAGCUCGGCCGGGGGUGUCGUAGCCUCUACUUCGUCGUCGUCCUCCUCCUCCACGCCCGCCAAGUUGAAGCGCCAGGGACUUUUCCGGGCGUGGAAGGUCAAGUUCCUGAGGGGGGAGGGCGGGCGGCGAAGGGCCUGCCUCCUGGUGGCGGUCAUUCUGCUGGUGCUACUAGUCCUUGGUGCUCUCGCUGCCGUCCUCUAUCUAACACGUGAGUAAAUGCUACGAGAUGUU